AAAACAAGUACUCAGAGCACUGCGCUUUUGUUUCGUGACUCACUGCAGAAAAAGCCCGAACCCGUAAGCAUCCUGUUGACUGAGCGCAGCACUUCCUUCUCUCUCUUGCCAAGCCCUCCGCCUUUCUGGCAACUAAUUUGCAAGGUGCAAUCUUUGAGCCGAAGUGUAGGGACAUUUCUCCGAGAAACAGUCGUCUCCAAGACCCUUUGUUCACCGACGCUAGAAGAGACGCCGUCGCCAUCUUGGAACCCGUCGAACCAGCGCCAAAAAGUCAACGAAAAUUCCGUCCCCCAAAACAGACGAGAAACUCCACCAAAUUCGCCUUUUCUUCCAUGAAACUGGCACAAUGAAGGACGAAAUCGCAGCAGCUGUUGUCUACUUGACCAGACUGGUCAGGAAAAGCGGCAACUUGAACAAGGACCAGGUUGAUAGAUUUGCAGACAAACUGACCGCUAUCAUGGUAGAACGGUUCAAGAACCAUUGGUACCCCGACUGUCCGGAAAAGGGCCAGGCCUACCGGUGUAUACGACUUCAGGAGAGCGAACCAGUGGACACGGUGCUCGAAAUGGCAGCUAGCGAAGCCGGAAUCAGAUAUCAGGACUUGGGGCUGGCGAAUUCUAUCAUCAUGUGGGUAGACCCUAUGGAAGUGUCGUGCAGGUUUGGCCAUGGCUUCGAUAGAACCGUGCACACCAUCGCGAGAUUCGACAACAAGCAGCCGACCAUCCAGUACCCACGUCCUUCGUCAGGCGAUGGCAAAAUCUCACCCGACUUCCAGUACUACCCCGCACCCAUUCAACCUAUCCCCAUCGUCAACAACUCCAACAGUAUCUACAACAAACCCGCGUUAUGUUCGUGAAGCAGGGUUUCUUCCUCCGAUGGGCCACAAGACCGGUCGCGUAGGACCGCCUGCCGACAAGUACCACUGGGUAAACAAGAACAAACCGGUCACAGCAAACUAGCUAGGUAGCGACCUGCGGCUUGCCUCAGUAGUUUUGACAGUAUUUUUAGAGUUAGGCAGUUUCUGUAGUAUUUUUCUAUGGAAAUUGAAAACUAGUAGAACAUGUACAGGUUUUGUGGGGUAUUUUGUGGCCAAAUAUUUCAAAUGAUCUUGCAGUGAAGAGGCUGUGUAUAGGGGUUUGUUGCAUACUCAAGUUGGAGAGAUGGAAUGGAUUGCAGAUGGUUGUUAAGUGGUCGGGUACCUUUACUAUGACUUUUUGAGAAUGUUUUUAAAAGUUGUCAGUAUUCCGGAACAAUAGUCAAUAUUUUGUGAAGAAGAUUAAAUUUCUAUGAGGUUUCUUGUGCUUGUUUUGUGUAUAUUGUACAUUUAGAUAGGAAAAACAUAGUGUCAAUAUUUCCUGCAUGUUUCAAGUUUAUAACCAUCGUGUAAAAUACUGUACGUAUUUGUGGAUGCUGUUUUUCCAAGAUUUUUAAGAUGAGUGCGAUAUUUUCUGCCCAAAUUUUUGAGAAAUGCUGUCAUUGAGGAAAGAUGCAUUUUGUACAAAUGAAUGUUUUUUACUGUAACAGUAACAUCUUGACAACGCUGUACAAAUAUGUAGCCAAUAUCGAGAGAGCCAUUCUGCUAACAGAAACGGCUUGUAUUUGUACAUACAUGGCCCGAUUUGGGGGCAUUUUGUGGACCAAGAAAGUAUUUUUGCCAGUAUAGUUGUUUCCCCCAUAUCCCACCCUGUGCAAACAACUGUAUAUAUGGAAUGUUGCAGAGACGAAAUCGGGGGAACGUUUUGUCGGAUAUUUGUACAGAAUGUUGGACUUUUCUUGUGCAGCAAUAUUUUAGCAGAAAUUAUAGUGUUGUUUGUAGAUACAGAGAGUUGUAACAAUUGUAACAUUAAAAUAUACUUUUGUGUUGAUGUAAUGUUCAAAGAACAAUUGUCAUACUUCUGAUUGGUCAAAGAAAAUGGCUCAUGAUUGUUGAUAUCUGCUUCAACUUUUCAAUCCACAGUUUAAGUCCUCAUAUCUAGACCAGUAAAAUUUACCCACCAGGAUUGGUCCUCCACUAACCAAUCAGGAGUGUGAAAAUGUUUGAAUUCUGUAAACUGAUUAUGUGUGUCGUACUACCUAGUUAUGUUAACCAUAGACGACGUGAAUUCAAGUCUGCUUGGAUUUGUUAAGACUAGGUGUUAGACAUAGGGUAAGACAUAGUCUUGUGAAUGUUUUCCGACCGUGCAGCUAUUUACCCAUUGAACCUGGUCUCUAGUGUAAAAUGUCUUUGUGUUAACCAGGCAAUAGGGGGAUACGGGACUCUGAACAGCCAGUUUUAGGAAGGAAACAAUUGUUUAUUCUACCAUUCCAAAACCAUGCGUCUGACUUUGUAAUUUUCACUAUAGUAUUUUCAUGCUCUGCAUUUAAAUAGUGCUGCUAACAGAUAAAAAUAUUGUACAGUACUUAAACAAAAGCAUUCCUCUUUAUAGGUAUAUAUACUGUUGACCUUUGAUCCAAUAUGGCUGCCUUCAGAGCCCCCCUCCCCCACCUAGAAGGUCAUGGUGGAGGUCAUAUCUCUGCUCGACUACCUCACUUGGGGACGUCUGCAUGAUAUGUGUGAAAAAAAGAUGCCAGUGUUUGAUAUGUAACGGGUAGCAGCAAACUCUGACCAAAAUAAAUUUUGUAAUGUUUUUAU